AUGGACGCCUACCCCGAAGACUACGUCAAUCACAAUCUGCCUUUGGUCCUGCUCUCAGGACUAGAGGCAGAUCCUGAAAAUGACUCUGAAACACCCUCGAGCUAUCCUCUGCUAUCAGAGAAGGGGACCCAUAUCUUCUCAGAUUUCCCACCUCUAAGCGGGGCUGUUGCGGAGGAGCUCCGGAGCCUGCUUCUAGAGGAAGAUAGCUCUCAGAUGCCAUGGAAGUCUAGAGUUACUGUAACUGGGAAUACUACGACUGCAAAUAUUGGCUAUCGCAUCAAAAGUUCUGGCCGCUCAUGCAGACUCCCUCCACGAAAAGCCGACCCCCCUAUCCCCUCACCACCAACUACUCCCAGCGAUGACCAGGAUAGUGGACCCUCGGAACCUAGCACACACUUUGUCCUCCACUCGCCGAUAUCGCCUUUGUCACCGGGUUCCCCAACUUUCCCAGAUGGCUUGCUCACUCCUUUAUGGGUAACUAAACACCAAAAGCUGGUUCCAGCAGCAGUGAUCAAUUUCUUCCCAUUUUCAUUGGACCCGAAUAUGAACUCGCUACGAGACAAUCAACUCAAGAUCGAGAUCAAUAGCUUGAAGAAAGAAUGGCAAUCCUCCGGGUACAAAACGCGAUUUGUGGUCGUUCUGAUAUCAGAAGACGGGGAAGAAGGCGGCUACGAGGGCGAGAUUGAUGACCGUAUUGCGGGGAUCCGGCGAGCUACAAACCUUGACCCCAGGUCGAUAUUUGUGAUCCCACCAGACGCAACUUCGUCGGAACUACAAGACUUCGUGAAAUCACUCUUCUCUCUACUACAACCGUCAGUUGUUGAAUACUAUCGGGAUCUGUCCAAGCAUGCCAGGCGCAAACGAAACAGGGGCAGUAUCCCUCCUCCGACUGCUCCGCCAACAACCGGAACUUCUCAGACCCUAUCAUCCCAAGGCUGGAACGUACGGUAUGAAUUCAAGCUCGGAAUCUUUGCCGAGUUUCGACAAGAAAUGGAUGCAGCCUGCCGGAACUAUGAGAGUGCGUAUGACACUCUAUUUGGGCAUGAAGUUUUCGAAAAUAUUGCAGGCUGGAAUCCUCGAUUUAACGAUGCGCGCCUCUUGGCCGACGCCCUUGCCAUCCGGAUUAUACGUUGCCUGUUAUGGACGGGUCAGACGACCGCUGCAGCUCGGCUUUGGGUUGAUCACAGAAUCCGUGUAAAGGAUAUCGUAAAUCGCAGAGGAAAGGGCAGUAAACACUACGGAUGGGAGGCAUGGGAGGCGCGUUGGUCGAUGGUAAUGGCGCAGCUUAUCCGCCGAGCGAAAAUCCCGUCUCUCUCCAGCGAGAUCUCUCCUGAACAGCCUGGGGAGCUUUAUAUUUUACCCGAGAAAUCGAUACCAACCGGGGAAAGAGUCAGGCCCUGGGAAAAUCUUCACCACGAGGGCUAUUGGCUACACCGUUCAGCGAAGCAUACAAUGGUCCGACGUGCGCUUGCACAGGAAAUUCCCAUGGAAGAUCGCAAGCCCCCCGGGCAAUCACCCGCCUCACAACUCGCAAACAAAUCCUACUUGUACGACACAUAUCUUGUCCCUGACACCCACGCCGAAGCACCCCAAGACGGACGAACUGGCUUCGACCACUCUGGUCUAAUAUUGAACACGCUGAAGGCUGCUAUCGAGGAAUUUGCAAAACGUCACCAAACAAGGAAAGUUGAGAACUUGACUCUCGAGGCGGCCGAGGAGUAUAUGCGUAUUGGGUCAUGGCCCGAAGCGUAUAGCCUUCUUCAACCGCUGUGGUCUACUCUUAGCUGGCGCCGCUCGGGUUGGUGGCAUCUGAUGGUCAAUUUUGGAUGGGCACUCAGAGAAUGUGCCCUCAGGGUGCAGGACAGUGAGACGGUCUUGCGAGUGGACUGGGAGCUGCUGAAUAAGAAUUUCAAACCAAGACCUGCGUGGCAUUAUGACAUCCACAGGAGUCUUGAAAGUCUGCCUUCAGAAAAACCUAAACCUUCUCUUAUCCUUCGCGCAGAGGAUGUCAUAACAAGCCUGACCGCGUCGCUGGUGUUUGAGAAAUCCGAUGGCAACGUUGGGGAACCUCUACAGGCCCAACUUGCCAUCACAUCCUGUGCUCAUAAAUCCUCGGCCCCUAUCCGUCUUUCAGAGGUCAAACUGGUUUUUGAAGGAUGUCUUCGCCCAGUAAAGGUUCAAUCUGACCAGAAUCAGGAUGCUGACACUACAACCCCAUGUUGCAUCGCAACGCUUCCACUCCGCGAGCCGAGCAACCCUGAUACCAUGGUACAAUCCCCAGCCGGUGGACUAACUGCAUUGGUCGGCAUAGCAGACCUGACUCUGGGGCCCUCCCAGACCAAGAUCUUCAACCUCACCUGUAUUCCUCGCGAAGCUGGUGAAGCCAGGGUUGCUUCAAUCACCAUGCUGAUCGAAGAAGACCAGUUUGAUCUUGGUUACGCGAUCACCGAGCCAGACCAGCGUGAAUCGUUCUGGUGGCAGCAGACGCAAAAGGGCGUGACCCGCAGAAGAGUGGGCAAGGAUCGAGAUACUGGCAGGUGCAAGGUUCUGCCUAAGCCUCCCAAGAUCCGCCUCACAACUCCCAACCUGAAGGAGACCUAUUAUACCAAUGAACGGGUGAUGCUUCAGAUUGGUAUACAUAACGAAGAAGACGAAGCUGCCGAUGUAUCUGCUGAAAUCAGACUCUUCGGCACCGAGCCUACAGCACAAAUACAGUGGCUCGACGGCGAUAGCAACCCUGGACCCCUCGAAUCAGGUGCUAGCACCCCGAUUGAGGGGCUGUCACAUUAUUUGAAACGAUCAGUGGGCGUUCUGGAGCGCUCUUCCAACAAAACUCUGACAAUUGUGCUGGCCGAUACCCAGGAGGCGACGGAUUUCACGUUGGAAGUUUCGGCUGUGUACCAUUUGGUGUCUGAUAUUCAGACUCCGAUUAUGAAGAAUAUCACCGUGGAUCUAUCAUUUAUUCGACCGUUUGAAGCAAACUAUGAAUUCUUGCCGGCAAUUCACCCUCAGCCAUGGCCCAAUUUCUUCGCAGUUAGCGACGACUUACUCGAGGACGGCUCUGCGCCAACGCCUAAAGGCCUGUUCCAGAAGUGGUGUCUCAAUUCCAAGGUAGUUUCCUUUGCACUGGAGCCGCUGGUAAUUGACAAGAUGUCUCUUAUUCUCCUCGAAGCUAAUGGAGGAGCCAAUUGCGAGGUUCACUCAGAAGAGCUUGUCAGUCCAGAAACGCCCCAUCUUGCACCAGAAGAACUGCGAGAAUCCAACUUUAGCCUCGAUGUUCAGAAGCUUCUUCUCGGGGACCGUCGACCAACUGCGCUCACCUGCGCAUUGGAGGUCGAUUGGCGUCGGCAGUCGUCUGGAUCUGCAGCUUCCUCGGACGCAGAGAACUCGGUCACAACCACCGUCCUCGAUAUCCCCCGAUUUGUCGUCCCGAUGGGCGAGCCUCGAGUCCUUGCAUCGGCUACCCCAUCUAGCAAUAUGGCAGGGUUGAUUCAUAUGAAUUACGUACUGGAGAACUCCUCCACCCACUUCCUCACCUUCAACCUGGUCAUGGAAGCCAGUGAGCACUUUGCCUUUAGCGGGCCGAAAACCACCGUUGUGCAGCUUGUCCCACUGAGUCGCCAUACAGUGAACUUUAAUCUGUUUGCGGCGAAGCGCGGCUUAUGGAUUCAGCCGCAGCUGGUGGUUAUUGAUACCUACUUCAACAAAACGCUCCGUGUCCUUCCAACAGGGGAUAUGAAGUCGGACAAGAAGGGGGUUCUUGUAUGGGUUGAUGCCGACGAUUGA